UCAGACGCCGCCUCUUUAGAAGCAGGCUACGUUUUGGCUUUUAAAUCGUGUUACUUAUAAUUCCAUCUUUUUUUAAUACAAACUUUAAACUGUAGAAAGAUAUAGAUUUUUAAAAAUGGUAAACUUCCACGGCUGCACCCGGAUGAUGGUGAACCGCUGCAUCGAGCUUCUCCGUGCGCGAAUAGAGUGCGCCUCGACGCGGCACAUCGCCAGGCGGUACCAGCGGCCCCGUGGUCAAGGUCAGAUGUACAGCCACUAUCUGCCCGAGGAGCAGGUGGUCAGGGAGCGGGAGAAGGCGGACAUCUACAAGAAGAACAAGCGCCGAUCCAUGUGGGAGCAGGACGAGGGCCACGGCGGUCGGAUCUCCGGAAGGGACGACCAGGAGCGCUUCGACGACGAGCAGUACCGACCGCAGGAACUGGAGGAGCGCAACUACGACCGCACCUGGAUCAAUUACCCGGAAAGUGUGGCGGCCAAGCAACGCCGCAGACGAAGUGAUUUGAUGGAGUUGAUGGACGACGAGGCUCCCCGACGUCGCAGAACUCAGGAAGACCGGCCGAAUACCGCCAAACCCUGGGACGACGAAGCCCGCGCCUUCAUCAGCGAGUGGGACAGUAAUGCGGCGAUGAUCAAUCGCAACCGAUUUGCCCGGUCCUCCGACAGUUGUCCGCCCCCAACAGUAUCUCCCCGAAUGGCGAACGCCUACCGCACCCGGAAUCGCCAGUUCUUUUACUAGACGCAGAACUACUCGACAAUAUCCGUAUAGAAAUUCAAACAAUUGUACUUCUUUCGUAGCCUGAUCAAAUUGUUAGUGUGCAAGGCAUGCGAUUUUUAAGUGUCAAAAUCCGAAACGUAUUAUAAUAUUGUAUGUCCGUAGCCCAGAUGUGACUUCAAUAUCGAAAUAAAAUAUCCAAAUUAUUUCCUGUA